AGCGCCGUCCGGGCCGCAGCUGGUGCCGCGGCGGAGGAGGGCGGCCGUGCUUGCGCUGGGUGGGCGCCUGCUGGACCCGUCCCGCCCGCCCUCCUGCCUCUUGGCGCCGUCCGACCCCACGUCGUUCCUGGGGCCCGAGGUCCCGGCGGCAGUCCGCGAGGACGUGGUGUGGGGGCCGAGGGGAUGCCCUGCGCGCGUGUGGAGGCUCUGUUCACCGGGGCCGGGGGCGUGCUCGCACAACGCGCCGUUGGUUAUAGUUUUUGUUCUGAGUGGCCUUCGCCCCUAAGGGAAGUUUUCGAUAUUAAUAGAGGAUCCUAUUACCACGUGUCUUUCUCCUUCAGUGUAUGAUAUGAUUUGUAAACUCGGGUUUGAAGCCAGAGAAAAUUGCGAUAUCAGUAGUAUUGUAACUCAAAAUGGUGAAGUAUGCUGGACGACAAUUACAGACUGUGUGGUUUAUACAGAAUCAGCCCAGGGUCUGGAUUACGGGGGAAGCGUGAGGCUGCUGGGCCCUGUGUGCCAGGCUGUCCACUUACAUUUGUCGUCUCUGACCAAGGGGCAGUUUGAAACGCGAUAUUCUCCGGGGCUCCAGUGGACAGGUGUUCCAGAGUUAUUUCCUGAAAUGUUUGAUGCCUUGGGAAGUCUUCAAUCUCUUGCUAUUUCUCUUAGCUUAAUGAAGCUGACAUCAUGUCUGGAGCGAGCCCUGGCUGACGUGUAUUUACUGAUUGGGAAGGAAUGCCCCUUUCUUUUAAGAGAUCUGAUUGCGUCUUUGGAGCUCGCUCAAGUCUUUGGGCAGUCUGUGAUGGACGUGCUCAAGGUCUUCGUGGGCUCUCCGUGCGGACUCAACCUUCGCAACGUCCUGUGGCACGGCUUCGCGGCACCUCAGGAGAUUCCUCCAAAAUACUGUUCAAUGAUGAUAUUGUUGACAGCAGGAUUGGGUCAACUACUAAAGGGUUACCUUCAACAAACUAAGUUCACAUUGGCACAUCGACCUUUCAUAACUCUUACAAGCUUAGAGGAUUUGAUCGUUUUCCCUGAUGUUACUUAUGAGGUGCUUUCAGUAUUAGAAGAAGUGAUGAAGAAAUCCACUUUUAUACUAAAAAUCAUGUUGCCAUAUUGGGAAGUUGCAUUAAUCAACUUCAAGUCAAACAGGUUUGCUGACUGUGCCAUCUUGUUAUUGGUGCAACUAGAGACUGGACUUAGGAAAGUUUUUGCCACAGUUAACAAAUGUCCAAAGAGACUUCUGACUGCUGAGUCAACAGCUCUUUAUACUACCUUUGAUGAGAUAUUGGCAAAACACUUGAAUGAUGGUAAAGUCAAUCAGCUUCCUCUUUUCCUUGGAGAGCCUGCAAUGGAAUUUCUCUGGGAUUUCCUGAACCAUCAGGAAGGUCCCCGUCUAAGAGAUCGUUUAAGCCAUGGGGAAAUCAGUUUACCUGAAUUUCCGAAAGAAGCAGCCAAUCAGUUGCUUGCAUUUUCCUUUGUACUUUUACUCAGAUUUAUUGAUGAAGAUCUAUUAUCAAUGUUCAAGCAGGAAAAAGCAGCAGUGAGAGCAUUGGUGAGUGUUGCAGAAGCCUACGGCGCUCGCUGCCAUCCAGUUUCUCAGCUUAAAAAGCAGGUGCUGAGCUGUGAGAGGAGCAUCGGAGUUUGGCCUCUGCUGCCUUUGCCUGAAGGAUCCGAAAGGGAGGCUCAGCGAUCAGAAGGUAAUUCUGAAAUAAAUGCCUGCCGCUCUUUAAUCACCGAAAUCAUGGCUGAGCUGUGUCACCAUGUGCCCAAGACCCACCGCGUUCCUCACGACUCGGAGCACCUUCCUCACGACUCGGAGCACCUUCCUCCUGAGAAGUGGCCCCAGCUGCUCCGUGAGCUCUGCAGCAUCCCUGUCCGGACCCUCUUCUGCCCCCGAGCCGUCCUGGAGGUGCUGGCUGUGCUCCGCAAGAUCGGCGCCCACUGCCGCCGCGUGUGUGGCCAGGUGGCCGCCUGCGCGGAGCUGAGGCGCCGGCAGUGGGAGGACAGGAGCCUGCGCUCCCGGCAGCGGCGGAACUACCUGCGCCUGGUUCACAGUAUUAAGCUUCUGUCUCCUAUGCUUUACCUGAUUUUAUUGCUGAUUGCACUGGAAUCGGUCAACAUUCAUGUGGUUCUUGGGAAAAAUACUUCAGAAUAUCAGCAGUAUCUAAGGUUCUUAAAGUCCAUCUUGCAGUACACAGAGAACCUGGCGGCUUACACCAGCCAAGACAAGAACAAGUGGGAUGAAGCUGUCAAUCUCACACAGGCGGCCUUGUUGAAAAUUCGGACUUUUAGUGAGAAGAAACAAAUGCUAAUACAUUUAGCCAAGAAAUCCGCGAGUAAAGUAGUCUAAUAAGUCAGGAUGCUUUGGGAUCUAUCAGAAAACCCGACCUGAGUAGACUUCACAGCAUGUGAGUUGAAAAUCCAAAGGCAGGGUGGAUUCCAGGUACUGCUUGAUCAGGGCACAAGGUCCGUUGCUCUGCAGUUUCCUGAUUUGCUUUUUGCAAGUUGUUGGUGUGAACCUCAGGCUGAAUCCCUGGGAACCAAAUGGCUGUAGCAGUUUUGGACCUCAUCUCCCAAUGCAUACUGUCCAGAGGAGAGAUUUUUCUCACCCAGGUGUCACCCAGGAAUGGGCAGCUUCAUCUUACUGGCCACAGGCCUAAUCUUGAAACGAUGGCUGUGGCCAAGACCCUGCCCUGCACUCACCAGUCAGGCUGGGUGGACGUCUACUCCUGGACCGGCCACUGGGGCGUAGAGGGAGGGCUUGAGCUGGUCACCCUUGUCCCUGGAGCUGAGAGUAAGGUUGAUAUGAUUCAGAUCUCGAGGGAGAGGGUUGGGGAGGAACAGCUCCUGGAAGGCGCUGGGCAGCAAGCCUAACGGUCAGCACAUCCCUGGGUUUCCAGGUUUGGUGGGUUUAGUGCAGGAACCAGGAAGGCAGAGGAGUGAGGGCCAGGGCUGCAGCCGGAAGAGCCGGGUCAGCCCUCGCAGGAGGCCCUGGGUGGCCACUGCAGGAAGCUCCUCGUCCGCUUAGGUGGCAGCAGCAAGGCUGUGGUUCUCCAGGAACCGCUGCAGGGCUGCCCCCAACCCCAGUCUGUGUGUGCUCGGCUGCACCCACCUGCCGUGAUGCACGGCCUCCUCCAGCCUUGCUGGCAGGUCUGGCCUCCCAGGAAGGACUUCCCACAGCCUGUUCUGGCUUCUCAGCUGUCAGAGAUGAGCGUGGAGGCCGCCGUGGGGGAGGUGGGGCCGUGUGACAACAGCCAUCCGUGUUCCAUCUGUCGCUUCACCAGCCCAGUACCUGCAACCCCCUAGUAAAGUGAACUUGUGGGUAAAGACAGUGAAA